AUGGAGAGAGCAUGCAAAAGGCUGCUCCUUGCGAGCUCUAAGGCCAAUGGCUCGAUGUCAAGAUGUCGAAGGGAUCUCAGCACAACCAUACCAUUACAAGCAGCAAAACACGCAAAGCCAGCGAAACAUGCAAAGCCCGCGAUACCAAAGCCAUCAAAGGCCGUAACUAAAAGCACAUCGAAGGAGUCUCAUCCUAAGCCAUCAACCCAAAAGCAGGUUCCCAAACCCCUUUCUACUCCCAAACCUAAAGCCAACCCUUUUCGGAACCGUGUAAUUCCCAUGUACUUCGGAGGCUUAAUUGUAUUGGGCUUAUCGGGUUAUAUGACAUAUUUCUACAUCACCAUUACCAGAGACGAUGGCAAGCCUACGCGCAUCUCUCCAGCCUCACAGCAAGAUGUGUCUACCCAAUACGACAAGAUCGCUACCACAUUCGACGAUACCGUCGAUCCGAUGGAAAAUAGCAUGGGUAUCACUUCGCUGCGGCGGAAAUUGGCAUCGGAAGCAGUAGGUGACGUCCUCGAAGUCUCGAUCGGCACAGGGCGGAACUUAGAGUUCUAUCAAUGGGACUUUAAAGGUCAUCAAGGUGUGGGCAAAGUCGAUGCCACAGGCCAUAUCAAGAAAGGGAAGGUUAGGAGCUUCACAGCCGUGGACAAAAGUGGAGAGAUGUUGGAGAUUGCACACGAGAAGUUCGGCAAGAUGUUCCCAGGGAUUCUGGGCGUAAGGUGGGUCAUCGCCGACGCGACUGAGCCCGGUGCUAUUCCUGGGCCUCCCAAGAGCGCGAACGAGAGGAGUGGAAAUCUGGACUCGAAAUAUGAUACCGUGCUGCAGACUAUGGGGCUGUGUUCAGUCAGCGAUCCUGUCAAACUGCUGAAGAAUCUGGGAGAGUGUGUGAAGGAGGAGGAGGGACGAAUUUUGCUGUUGGAGCAUGGGAGAGGGAGUUGGGCAUUGUUGAACAAGGCGCUGGAUAAGUCCGCUGAGGGACACGCGGAAGCUUUUGGGUGUUGGUGGAACAGAGAUAUUAGGCAGAUUGUGGAGGAGAGUGGCUUGGAGAUUGUCAAGAUUGAGCAACCCAAGUGGUGGCACGCAGGCACGACGUGGUGGGUGGAGCUGAGGAAACCAAAGUCCAAAUCUGCGGUCAGAGAGAGCGAGAAGGGACAGCAAGUGGCACCACUUGUUGUGGCAGUGGAUGCCGAGGGGAAGGAAAAGCAGGCUCCGACAACAAGCCGCGAACCGAAGAAAAAGGGGUGGUGGUAG